AUGGCCGAUUUGGAUGAUUUCUUCGCGAAGAAAGACAAAAAGAAGGGAAAGGCGAAAAAGUUUGUCACCGCAGAGGAGAUAGCCAAGCAGCUAGAUGACACGUCGAAGAAGGUCGUCGAAAGUAAGAUGAAGCUGAGACCAGUCGAUCUGACCGAUGGCAGACACGAAACGCACGAUAUGGACGACGAAUGGAAGGUAGUUGAGGAGACGAAGAAAGAUUACAGUGGACUUAAAUUGGCACAGCUAACGAUAGACGAUGAAGGGAAUCAGCUUGAUUCGGAAAAUGCCGGUGAUAUAAACGAUCCGAACAAUGACGCCGAGGGCAGAGAGGGCGAAGACCGCGAUCCGACCAAACCGUGGAACAAGGUGGACGCAAAUGCAGCGGCAAAAGAGAAGGUUGUUGCUGCCGAACCGGCACCUACCACAAGCAAUAUCUACAUCAGUCCGGCUAUGAAAAGUCUCAUGGCAAAACAAAAACAGAAAAAAGGCAUCGCACCGGAUCUGCAGAGCGAGGAAUAUUUCCCCACACUAGGUCAGGAAAAGCCGGCCGAACCGCCGAAACAGCCGAAACCGGAUCCCACAUUCGAGGAGGUAAAGCAUGGUAUGCGAGCGAAAACGGUCGAACAGUCCUCAACUAGCCAGAUCAGUAUCGGUAACCGGUACAACACGCUGAACAACGAUGCGAGCUAGGGGACAACGUGCCGAAUCGCUCAGUACAUCGUUUUAUCUUCUUAUACUACUACUACUACUACAACUACUGCUACUGCUGCUGCUACUAUUGUUGCAUCCAUGAUGCGCCUACUUCGUUUUUGUACACUCUGUUAACAGCAGUUUUGGUGCCUUCGGUCAUUUAGUUUGUUUUUGUUUUU